AUGUCUGCUCCCAAGGGACCCUUCAAGCUCGUCACUGUCAACACUGCUCCCGAGAGAGCCAAGCGCCUCAUCGGACGGGUUGCUGAGGCCCUUUCGGACCGUUACACCAUCAUCCACAUUGACAACUGCGAGAAGAUCGACGAAGUCGAGUCCAAGGUCAAGCAGCACAUGCCUGAUGUCCUGUUCAGCGCCUCCAUGUGGUCCGCCGAGCAGGCCAACGAGAUCCACUCCAUUGCCCGGUCGAUCAAGCCCGACAUCAAGCUGCACGCUAUCCCCGAGGGUCUCCAGGUCGAGCGCGGUCCCGACGCUAUUGUUGAAUACCUUUGCGAGAAGGUCCCUCCUCUUCUGGACGCCUAG